AUGACCAGCGAGGUUCAGUCGAGUGAAGGCUUGACGCGAGGCAACAUGCAGCAGUGGUGGGUUGAGCUCUUCGAGAUCAGUGAGCUGGAGGAUUGGAUGCACGAAGCUUACACUAUACUCGAGAAUAUGGCUGUCAGCUUACAACUUUCUAGAAACGAAGCAAUCGACGGGAAAGACAAUCAGUCUGGUUGA